AUGGCAGUUCCAAAAAUAACUCUUUACGUGGAUAUUGUUAGCCCUUUCGCAUAUAUCGCAUUCCAUGUCCUAAAGAAUUCACCUACCUUUGCAAAAUGCAAAGUUACCUACGUUCCCAUGUUUCUGGGUGGCUUGAUGCAUGCCUGUAACAACACACCUCCAAUCAACAUCAAGAACAAGGAUCAGUGGAUCAACAAAGAGCGACUGAGAUGGGCCAAGUACUUUUCAGUGCCGAUUGCUGAGCAGAUGCCUGACGGCUUCCCAAUCAAAACACUUACGAUUCAACGCGCCCUUUGCGCUGUUGCACAGAAAGCACCUGCAAAAUUGCCCUCGGUGAUCGAGGCUCUUUACCGCUCCAUGUGGAUCGACAGGAACUCAAAGAUUGGAGAGCCUGAAGGCUUUGCGCCAGUGCUGGAAGACAUCCUUGGAAAGCAGGCCACGCAAGAGAUUCUAUCAGCUACAACUCAAGCAGACAUCAAGGCCAUUCUAAAUUCAAAUACUGACCACGCGUUUAAGGUUGGGGCUUUCGGUCUCCCGUGGUUUGAGUGUACUGACACAAAUGGCAACACGGAGGGAUUCUGGGGCAUCGAUCAUCUUGGACAAGUGGUUGACUUCUUGGGAUUGGAUCGCAGCCGGGAUUCUGGUUUCAGAGCUCUUUUGUAA